AAGAUAAACAUGGCGUCCGGGCAGCAAUGGGUGUUGGUGGAAAUGGUUCAAGCAUUUUAUGAGGCUCCUGCUUAUCACCUGAUUCUGGAAGGGAUCCUCAUAUUAUGGAUUUUCAGACUUCUCUUCUCUAAGACCUACAAACUGCAUGAGACCUACAGACUGACAGAGAAGGAGAAGGAGGACCUGAUUGAGGAAUGGCAGCCUGAACCUCUUGUUCCUCCUCUUUCCAGAGAUCAUCCAUCGCUCAAAUAUGACGUUGUCACAGGCCCUCCCAGCCACAAAAUCAUAAUCAAUGGGAAAGAGUGUACCAACUUUGCAUCAUUUAACUUCCUGGGUCUCCUCGACAACGAGCGGGUUAAGCAAAAGGCUUUGUCAUCUCUGAAGAAAUAUGGUGUUGGAACAUGUGGUCCAAGAGGCUUUUAUGGAACUUUUGAUGUUCACCUGGAGCUAGAGAGUCGUCUGGCUAAAUUCAUGAAAACAGAAGAGGCCAUCAUCUAUUCGUAUGGCUUUGCAACCAUCGCUAGUGCGAUCCCUGCCUACUCCAAGAGGGGGGACAUCAUCUUUGUGGAUGAGGCAGCCUGCUUCUCCAUCCAGAAAGGCCUUCAAGCAUCUCGCAGCUAUAUUAAAUACUUCAAACACAAUGACAUGGAAGAUCUGGAGAGGAUGCUGAAGGAGCAGGAGCUGGAGGACCUAAAGAAUCCUCGUAAGGCUCGAGUGACCCGGAAGUUCAUUGUAGUAGAGGGGCUGUACAUCAACACUGCAGACGUCUGUCCUCUCCCUGAACUGGUGAAGCUCAAGUACAAGUACAAGGUGCGGAUCUUUCUGGAGGAGAGCAUGUCUUUUGGUGUGUUGGGAGAACAUGGCCGAGGGGUGACGGAGCACUUUGGGGUUAAUAUAGAUGACAUCGAUCUGAUCAGUGCAAACAUGGAGAACGCUGUGGCUUCUAUCGGAGGCUUCUGCUGUGGCCGCUCCUUUGUGAUUGACCACCAGCGUCUGUCAGGUCAGGGCUACUGUUUCUCUGCCUCUCUGCCUCCCAUGCUGGCUGCUGCUGCCAUAGAGGCCCUCAACAUCAUGGAGGAGGAUCCAGAUAUUUUUACUGUCCUGAGGGGAAAAUGCAAACAUGUUUACAACACGUUACAAGGAACUCCAGGUCUGAAGUUAGUAGGAGUACCGUUGGCCCCGGCUCUUCACUUACAGCUGGAGAGAAGUUCAGGCUCCAGAGACUCUGACAUGCAGCUGCUCCGCUCUAUUGUAGAUUAUUGUUUGGAGAGACAUGUGGCUCUGACCCUCGCUCGUUACCUGGAAAAAGAGGAGCGAUUCCUCCCUCUACCCAGCAUCAGAGUGGUGGUCACCAUUGAACAGACUGAGGAGGACAUCCAGAAGGCUGUGUCUUGUAUCCAGGAGGCAGCUGCAGCUAUUCUUAAAUGACCGCACAGAGUUCAUUCCUGCUCGAUGUAAGCAUCACUGGAGCUUUAGCAGCAGUCCAUCAGUGGACCGGGUAGUACAUCACUGUGAGGAGAACACUCCCAACCAGACACUCUCAUCCACCGUCUGUCAGCUCUACACUCUCAAUGUGUUCUGAGGAUCUUUACUGCUAAACGCACAUUUUGUAUCUCUUAGCUUUGCUUUUGUUUGUCUCUUAACAUUUUUUGCCUUUGUUCUCAUUUAUCAUGUGUCAUAUUCAUACUACAUGUUUUAUAUUGUUAUGAAUGUAAGUGUUGGCCUUUACCAGGACUGUCAUGAAUGAAUGAUAAUGGUUCCAAGUCACUAAUAAAGAAAAACAACUGCAGUGAAAACUAGACUUUAUAUCUGAUGACCAAAUGACUUGUUUUUAAUGUACUGACCAAAGAGUAGACACUGUGCUCAUGUUUUAUUUAAUACAGUAUGUCUGCACUGCUCCAGUACAUCAACUCUGAGACGGUUGUGAUAUUUUUAUGCCACUAGUUGUUUUCUCUGAAAUUGACACUUUUUUUUUUUUUUUUUUUACACCAGAUUAUUUUGUUCUUUUGUUUCCAGUUUACGUCUCUUUUGUUUGUGGUCGAUGCAUUUCUGACCCUUUUAUGAAACGUAAAUAUAUAUCUUAUUUAAAUGGA